AUGAACUUAUCGUAUUAUGAACUUCUUGAAAUACCUGAAACAGCAGCACAUGAAGAAAUAAAACAACAAUAUCAAAAAUUGUUACUUAUUCAUCAUCCAGAUAAAUCUCAACGUUCUUUAAUAAAUUCCGAAGACACGAAUAAAAGCGAAAAA